AAAAAAAGGAUGUCGAAGCUCUAUAAAUUUCGGUUUCUACACUUUCUGUUUUGCCAUUUUUUAUUUAUUGCUUUUAAUUUAUUCUAAAAGUUCAAUUUAGUGUUAGUUUGUCCAAAUAAUUAUUCCAAGUGAAAAGAUUUCAAAACUCACUUCACCUUCUCUCUCUUCCGUUUAGGCCCAACAUUUUCUCUGUAUCAAAAUUCAACAACCAUGGAGUUCUUAGACGAGGACGCCAGACCUAGAUUCCUCUACCAAUCUCGUCCUGUCCCGUCUUCUCCCCACACUGAUGAUCAAAAUCCCUCAAAGCCAAACAGGCUAUAUCUCUCCAUUUUCCUCUCAAUUUGUCUCCUUCUCUUCUUUCUCUCCCUUUUUUGUCUCCAUAACGAGCCUUUCAAAUCCCUCCUCAUCUGGAUCUCUCUAUCCUUUCUCCUCGGCCCUUUUGCCCCAUCCUCCCUCACCGGAGGUCACAUUCGCGUCGGUCAUGGUCCGAUCCUCGAACAAGAAUUCCCCGACCUCCAAACAUCGGAAAUAGAUUCGGAAUCGAAGAAGAAACCCGUCUACAAGCGAACAAAGCCGCAGAGAUUCGAGUAUCCGCUCGAGAUUCCGUCGCAAAUUGUCGAAAGCGCGAACAAGUCUUUGAAGAAAGAUGGAAAAAGUGAAUAUACGAGUAGUGAUAAUGUGUUGGUGCGAAGCGAGGAAGAGGAGUGGAGUGAGGAGGAUAUGGAGAUGUUGAAGAAACAGCUAUUGAAAAAUCCUGUAGGGAAGCCGGGAAGAUGGGAGGUGAUCGCCAAGGCGUUUAAGGGCAGAUAUAGAGUGGAGACUGUGAUUAAGAAGGCGAAGGAGAUGGGAGAGAAGAAAUUGGAUGAUAGCGACGCAUAUGCUAGGUUUUUGAAGAAUAGGAAGCCAUUGGAUACCAAAAUUCACGAGACUGCGGAUGACGGUGGAACCAAGAAAGAGAAUGGCCGGGUUGGUGAUGGAUCAGAGUGGAGCUCAGGGGAGGAUAUUGCGUUGCUAAAUGCCCUGAAAGCGUUCCCUAAGGAUGUGCCGAUGAGGUGGGAGAAGAUUGAGGCCGCUGUGCCGGGAAAGUCCAAGGCGGCUUGUGUCAAGAGAGUUGCAGAGUUGAAAAGAGAUUUCAGGAGCGGCAAAGCUGGUGCUGAGAGCUAGAAAAGUGCUCAGAUUUUGUUCCCGUUUCUACUUGAGGAGGUAUUUUCUUUACCUAUACAGGAUGGUUUUAGCAGUUUCAUUCCUGGUUUAUAUUUGAGUUUUAAAGUGGAAUUACGCAUAAUUCAAUCUUAGAACGUGGUUCCACGGGCAUUAUUUUAUUCUCACAGAAAAGAAUUUGACAUUUGGAAAAAAUGAGAUGUUCUCUAUGUUGGUUGAUCUUUUACCCUGUAUCUUAUUUCAUUUGCUCAUGAGAAACUGAGAUGAGCUAAUCACUAACUGGUUAAAUGGCUAGUUGGCUUGUAAUUCUUGCUUGUCUGUGCCAAUACAAGAACUUUUCGCUUGUGCUUAAUUCAACAAAAUGAUUUGUUUUUC